AUGGACAGCGACACAAUUGUGGCCUAUUUAGAGAUGGAGUUCCCGCAAUAUCCAAGCGUUUAUCCUACGGUUGAAGGACUCCAAGAGUCAUCCGCUAUGAGUAGUUUCAUGCCCAAGAUCUUUGAGGUUGAAGCUGCUACUGCUGAAGCCUUUGCCUUCACUGUUUUUGAGAAUGUCGACCAUAAGUACUUUUUAUGGAAAUUCGAUGAGAGAGAUGGAAUUAUUAAUACCCCAAAGCUUUUGACGGAUUCAACAGCGCUUCUGGAAAAUUGGACUCUGAUUCAACGCUUUUUCAAUGGCUUUGAAGGGCUCAUCUCCAAGAACUUUAGCGCUGAGCAGUUAGGCCGCUUGAAAAGCGGUAAAUACUUGUUUGGUGGCUAUUGCAGCUACGCUGAUAUUCUUUAUUUUAGUUUGCUCUUCUGGGUUCUAAUUUGA